CAUUUGAGUCAUUCAGGCUCAUUACUGUUUCCUUUACGUUCAUGUUUCUGCCUGUCAGGGAUCCAGUUGGCAGACAAGGUGGCAUACAGGACUAGGGAUGCACAGAAAGGGUCUCUCCUUGAGGCCUCUGUGAGUAUUUAACCAGAAUUGGACCUUCAUGCUGUCAUUUCUCAGUUCCUGGCUGGUGUAAGGAGGUUGGGUCAUGUGUGGUUAUUACAGGGUUUUCAUUAGCCUCCUUCUGCCAGCUAUUAUGGGCUUUCUUUUCCCAGUUAUAUUAGCCAAAAUAUAUUCCUUUGUUAGCUUUCAGCUUGGAGGUGACACACAUCCACACCAGGAACGUUGGGAGUGGAGAUGGCUGUACCAACACAUCAGCCUAGGAAGCAGCAGAGGACAGAUAGAGUCUCCCAUCUCCCUGUUUACCUGUGAGGCAAACACAUGUUUUAUUCUGUCUAACCCUGCCAAUGCAUUUAGCUCCAAGCUGGGGACCCUGUCACAAGGACAGAGUCCACAGGCCAUUAAUCUUUAGGUCUCUCUGCAGAGGGUGUCAGGGAAGGGGUUGAUUAGUACAGGAAGUGUAAAUAAGACAAUGCGGUUUAAACACUGGAUUUGAACUGGACUGAGUAACCUGUAUCUGUUGUGCCCAUUGUUGAAUACUUGCUUUCACCAUUUGCCUUCACUGGGGCAUGGCUGGGUUUGAACCUGUGGUUGGAUAGGGAAAAAGCUCAGUUGCCAAGGUACUAAACCCUUCCAUCCUAAAUGGUGCUUUUAAAUCGCCUCAGAUCCAAUUAGUUUGCCCAAAUUCACUAUCAGAAAGGAGCCCCCACAAAACACCCCAACUCUCUUCCUUGUGUGCGUGACUUUGAGCUUAAGUCUCUACUGACCAGGACACUUAACUCUUCAGCUGUACGCAGCCAUGGUCCAGCUCUGGUGCUUGACCUUGUGUUGGCUGUUUGACCAUGGAGAUGCCGGGGUGAGACCCCCUCUCUUAAAGGCAGUACUGUGCAGCAGCAAUGUGUUUCCCUUUAGGACAGGAAGGGAGCCCAGUUCACAGCAUGCCAGGGAAACAUUCACCCUUUCUCUGCCUUGCCUGCUGUGCACUGAGAUUACAGAGCUACCUUAAAUAAGCUCCAGCUAUGAAUCUUAUCUUGGCUGUUGCAAACUAGCAGAAAGUUGAAGUGAUGACAGCAGAUAAGGGUGCUCGCUUUUCAACCUUGUUGGUUGGUUCUCUGGCUUAUUUCCCCCCACCCCAAGCCAGUCGUUCAGAGGUAAGGCUGGCAUAGCCCCACCAUUCCAUUCCCAUGGAUACCACGGAAGGGACAACAAGGACCAGGUUCUAGAACACCCAUUGUUCUCUCACCACCAUGCUUAGCUGUGUCACUGGCCAGAACUCCAGACCUGCGUCAGAUCGUCAGUCGCGAGGAACGUGAACUCGUGUUGCUUUUGACCUUCCUUCACCUUCAAGGCAAUCCAAAACCGAUCCUGGUUGUUAACUGCCCACCUCCUCGGCCUUGGAACAAGGAAUUGGGUCCGUCCCGUUUGCUGCCACCUGGGGUCAACCCGGCUGAAUCCAUUUUGGAGGAUACCUUUGCUGCAGCCCUCUGGACGUGCUCGGAGGAGGAGAAGAAGAUAAAGCAAUUUGGCAUCAUUGCAGUAGCUGGAAGCAAAGAGACCUACGAGGAGGAUCUGUGGGGUGUCCUGGUCUCGGUGUUUGACCAUGGUGCUCACCAAUGUAGAACUGGAACUGUGCUUCCAUGGUCAGAAGCUACGAGGUUUCAAAUGCAAGGUGACCAGGCUGGCCAAUGGGUUUCUGCCGGAGACUUCGUUCUCCAUUGCGAGCCAGGUUUUUCUGCCGUUCCUUCUGUCUGGCUUGGGCAUGGUAGCUACUGGCCUCUUAAUGGAUACUGUUCAGCACUGGCCGGUAUUCCAAACAAUUACGGAAAUUUUUAUCCUGGUUCCUGCCUUGCUUGGCCUGAAGGGAAACCUGGAGAUGACGCUGGCAUCCAGGCUCUCUACUGCUGCUAACGCCGGACAGAUGGAUGACCGUUCUGACCGAUGGGAAAUCAUCACCUGCAAUCUAGCCCUAAUCCAGCUCCAGGCCACUGUGGUUGGACUUCUGGCUGCUUUGGCUGCUGUGAUCCUGGAAGCCAUCUCCAAGGGCUCUGUGGAUCUGAGCCAUGCUGCUGUGCUGUGUGCCAGCAGUGUCCUCACGGCCUUCCUAGCUGCACUUUGCCUUGGUCUGCUGAUGAUUGGUGUGAUCACUGGAGCCAGGAAAGCUGGGAUCAAUCCAGACAAUGUUGCCACACCCCUUGCAGCCAGCCUUGGAGACUUGAUAACGCUUUGGGUGCUGUCGGCAUUCAGCAGUUUGUUCUUCGAAUGCAUAGAUAUGACAUGGCUUCCUCCUCUGGUCUGUGCUGUAUUCAUCGUCAUGACCCCUUUCUGGGUUUGUGCCGCCAAGCGAAGUCCUUCCGUUGCCAAAGUCCUGAAAUCUGGAUGGCUGCCGGUCAUUGUUGCUAUGAUCAUCAGCAGCAUUGGUGGGCUUAUCUUGGACAAAACUGUAACUAACCCAAACUUUGAAGGCAUGGCAGUUUUCACACCUGUGAUGAACGGUGUUGGAGGGAGCCUGGUUGCCAUCCAGGCCAGCCGUAUUUCCACAUUCCUGCACUUAUGGAGCAAGCCUGGAGUUUUGCCAUACAAGAUGAGGCAGAAUUGGCCCAACCCGUGCACCAUAUUCUUCUCCUCAGAAGUGAAUUCCCGGUCGGCGCGAAUCCUGUUCUUCCUGGCUCUUCCAGGGCACCUCGUGUUCCUCUACACUAUCCGCCUGCUGCACGGAGGCCACGUGUCUCUGUCCUUCCCGUUUGUGAUGUUCUAUCUGAUGGCUGCUCUGCUGCAGGUGGGAAUCCUGCUCUAUGUGACUGAAGUCCUUGUGCGCCUGAUGUGGAGGAAGGAGGUGGAUCCGGAUAACUUCUCCAUCCCCUACCUCACUGCCCUGGCGGAUUUCCUGGGCACGGCACUCCUGGCUGGCUGUUUCCACCUUGUUUGGCUUAUCCACGGCUUGUAGGUGAAUGAAGUGGAGUGAGAGACCAGUUUGGGCCUCCCCACCCCAUCGCCCUGUCUCUCCUCCCCAUUGUGCCUUACAGCUGGGCUCACCCUCCCUAAGGGAGCAGCACCCACGGACUUGUGCCCAAGCCCACUGCCCACGUGUCCAGCCACCAGGCAAUAAAGAGCGUUGGACCAUGUAUAACAAAGGAGCUUUGUGGUUGGUUUCAGUCCUAGCAUGGACACAGCCUAUGAGGCUGCUCCGAAGCCUGCCAAGGUCACUGCAUCUGAUCCUGCAAGGGGAUGUCACAGCCUCUCCAUCGGACUGACUUUCCACCAAGGGAAAUACCUUACUCACCCUCCUUUCCUUUCCUGGCGCAUCCCUGGAGGAGGAGAGGAACCAGGUCUUGAAACUCAUCUCCAUCACACAGAUCCUGAGGAUCUGAUGCAGUGAGCUCCUUGCUGGCUCAUGUCCAGUGGGAUACCUGCCCCAGCAGUGUCACUGUUGUCUGACUGACGAGCUGGAUCGAGUGUUUUUUGGGGAUAGAAGGGUUUUACGGUUUAUGAUUUGUCCAGUAGUUAAAAAUGGACACACGUGAACAAAGUGGUUAAAAAAAGGGUAAUGCUGUGGAUUUGGGGGUUGGUUUUCCUUGCCAUGGCUCCGCCUGUUCCUAGUUCAAACUUGACAGGUAGAACUUC